ACGUUUAUUAUUUCAGACGUUAUCGAAUAGAACGUUGUAAAAUAUAUGGCACUCGAGGAGUCUGGUAAUUUAUUUUAAUAUUUUCAAAAGGAUCCACCGCAGUCCAUGUCUCCGAGGGCCGAUCAUCAACACAACGCGACCACACGACCAUAGAAUAAAGAUUGGACGGUGCCAUCGCCUUUAGUUCCGUUUGUCCGUCGCUCUUGCACGCACCCGUCAGUCAUAAUAUGGAUGAGGAAGAUUUCCAGUUUAAACAUGUUCCAAAAGAUGAUUUUGAUAGAACUUACAAAAAAGUUAUUCGUGGUCGACAAAAACAAAAAGAUAACCAAGAAUGGAAUAAUUAUAUGGAAUCAGUUAAAGAGACUGACCCUACAGAUCUUAGUCUUAUUAAAAAUGCUACAGAAAUUAAACAUAGAAAAGACUUAUUUGUUAAACAUACAAAAAAACAGUUAAAUUCACUUGAUUCAGUAAAUGUAUUAUCCUUAUACAACCCAAACGAUCGUAAUCAUUUACAUGGGCUUAGAAGCCGGUUAUUCAUAACAUUUAACGAAUUCUCUACUAUUGUAAAAAAUGAACUAUUACCACCUGUUACAAAGAUUACUAAAAAGGUGCAGAUUAAAUGUGAUCAGCAAGCAGAAAUGGAUUAUAUUACUGAUCUCAAUUUACUGUUUUCUGAAAUUAAAGAAGAAUCAAAAAAUAAAAAUGUCUACCAGAAACAAAAUAAAACUAAUUCUUUAUUAAAAACAACAUUUCAAUCAAAAUUAAUUCAAUGCUAUAAAUUAGCAAUUGAUGCUAUAAAGUUGUGCUCUAAAACAUUAAAAGCUGGUGUUUAUAAUGCUAUUCAAUGUAAAAUGAAAAAUUUAAUACAAAUAAUAUCAUCAUUAUCAUUAACUACUAGAAAAUAUUUAUUUGGAGAAUUAUAUAAGAAGAAAAAAGAAGAAAGUUUUGAUUUAGUUCAACAUUGCAAAGUUUUGUUGAAUAUGUUGGAUGAAUAUGGUUUUGAAGAUAUGGAAAAUGAUAAUCAUAUUAAUUUUAAUGGUAAUAGUGUAUUACAUUCAUUUUCUGAGAAAGUUAUAAAUAAACCUAGAACCCAAUUGUUUGGAGCUAACUCUAAUCGUUUGAGUAUGUAUAAAAAUACUAAACCAGUGAUUGGAUCAAAAUAUGCUCGAGAAUGUUCGAAAAAACAACAAUUAUCUAAAAACAAUAAAAUGUAUGAUGAAUUACUCUGUAAAGAAACAGAAAAUAGAUUUUCAAAUGAAAACAUCAAAACUGCUAUUGAAGAGUAUUCUUCCUUUGAAGAUCAAACUAUAAUUUUAAAUAAAACAGACACUGAAUCAGGUUUUAAAGAUGUAGCAAAUGUAAGCCAAAUUUAUACCAAUAAAAAAAAUAUUCAACCAUUAUAUUUGGAAAACUUUCAUACAACAAAAUUAGAGACACCUGAUAAUGUUGGGUUUUAUAUUAUUAAAGAUAAUAGAAGCCUUUUUGAUAUUGCUAACAUAGAAACUGAGACAACAAAAGAAAAUCCUUGGAAAAAUUUUCCUUUAAAAGAUUUAAACAUCUCACGAGAAGGACGUAUUCUUUUAAGCAUAAGACCCGAAGAAGCUUAUAUUUUUGAUUUAUAUGCCAAACAGUUUAAAGAAUCAAAACGGUCUAAAACUGAAAUGGAUAUAAUUUUUAAUGUUACAGAAUCUAUUAAAAACAAUAUGCUUGAUGAAGUUUUAACAAAGGCAAUUGAUGGAAUGAUUCAAAUGUUGAUAAUGUCGGAACUACAUAAUUCAUUAUAAAACUUAAGACUGUAUUUAAUAUUUUAUUAAUUUAUUAAACUAUACAUUUUAUUAGUAAU